UGCAAAUUUGUCUUCAAAUCUUGCAAUUUCAGUUGGAUUGCAUUUUGGGGUAUUUCAACAUUUUGUGAGGACCCCGUCCUCGUCCAAUUUAUGCUUCAAUUUGCAGUUGGACGGGGAUAAAAGUUGUCAAGAGGUGCUUUUGACAGCUAACUUCCUCACAAAACAUUUCCUGUCCAGAUCCAGGGUAUAAGAAGGAAAACUCAAAAUGGAAAAAGGAUCUGCUUGCAAAAGAUGCAUAACGUGCCUGUUGAUAACAUUUAGCAUAGUGAUCGCAAUUGUGUUGGUAGCAGUGAUAUUAACAUUGACAGUGUUCAAACCAAAACAACCUGUGACCUCGGUGGAUGCCAUAACGAUUCAGGACAUGAGCACAGGCAUGGACUUGUUUAAAAUGAGGAUAGAUCUGAACGUGACACUGGAAGUGGAUGUUUCAGUGAAGAACCCAAACAAGUUCGGAUUCAGAUACUAUGAUGGCAACGCCAAACUAAACUAUGGAGGAGAGUUGAUAGGGGAAGCUCCUCUACCCAAUGGAGAGAUAGCACCUGAGGAGACUAAGGGAGUGAACUUCACACUCACUGUUAUGGCUGAUCGUUUGCUCUCCAAUUCUCAGGUUACCAGGGAUGCUGCAUCGGGUUCAUUACCCCUUAACGCUGUGGUCUCAAUGACUGGUGAAGUCUUAUUAGGCUUCAUCAGGUUCCAUUUGGGUUCAACAGCCUCUUGUGAUUUCACUGUCAUGCUUUCCAACAACACUGUUGUGGUCAAUGAGUGCCUAUACAAGACUAAGAUUUGAUUUUCAAUAGCAUCAUAGCAUGGAGUUUCAGAAAUUAUUAGAUAGUCCUGAACUUUGUGGAUUUUGAUUAAUCUCUACAUGACAAGUAAUCAAUUGUAAUUAAUUUUUUCUUGUGAGUUGAAAAUUUUAAAUACAUGUCAUGUAGAAAUUGAUUAAGAUCAUAAAUAUACGAUGAUUCAAGGUCACUUAAUAAUUUCUUGUCUCAGAAAAAGAGAAAAGAUUCAAAGAAAAACUGAGUCUAUUAUGUAUUCUUUCAAAAUCAUUUCUUAGUAAAUAUAUGAAAGUUCUCCCGAUUUGGAGAAUUUUAAACAUGUUAAUUAA